AUGGCGCGACAAUACAUUUCUGAGCAGCUGGAAGCUGGAAACACCAUCGGUAAUAUCACCAUCGCAUUCAAACAGCCCGGCCGCGACAGGAUCACCUUACGGGACAAAACGCACGCCUUGCCAGUUUGCGAAACUGAAGUUGCCGCUCUCUUCGAUACUGGCGGAGUUCCGGAAGGAAUUCAGGCCUUCGUGGUGAAAAAUGGAUUCAAACAAAAGGUCCACCCCGCAGAUCCGAACCGAAACCUCCUGCUCUACCCAGUCCUUUACCCACACGGCAUUUGGGCCUGGUAUCCUGGCGGCCACGAACAUCAAGGGCCAAACCGAACCGCUGUUCGCAACCGCGUGACCUUGCAUGAACACCUAAGACUGCUCUGCUUCCGCCGAGAGCCGCCGCAAAUUGAGCUCAACUGCGGUCCGUUGACACAGCAGUACCACGUGGACCAGUGGACACGAGUCCAGGAAAACGUGCUUAACUUCCUGCGCCACACCAUGCCGCACGAAAUGAAGCUUGAUUCCAUGAAGCACAUGCAGGAGAUGCUGCAGAAGGUCGCGGAGAACAUGCACCACAAGGUUGGGAGGUCUUUUCUCUUACCGAAAAACCAUCACUAUGGAGACGAAUCCAUGCAGCAACUGUACCAACACGCCAUCGUCAGCAUAAAGAAGACGGGAAUGCCCAACUUCUUCGUCACCAUUACGGCGAACCCCAGAGAGCCGGAGGUUAACGACAUCGACGGUGUUGAUUUCAAUGAUGGAAGCCUAAACUCGGAUCUCAAAUGCAGGGCUAUCGCGGCAAAGGUUGAAAGAGUCAAGGACAUGUUCCUCGUCAACCCGGACGACGAUGACAGCUUUGUGUCCACCGGAAUCGCAGAUCCCGCGGUCGACAAGAAACUGCAUGAUUGCGUGAAAAAGUUCAUGCUGCACAACUGCACACCGCUCUGCGCCGCCGGCGACAAUAGAGCGGUGUGCAAGAAAGGAUUCCCGGUCGAGCAGAGGGAUAACACGACGCUGAACGACGGCAAGGGAUUCAUCAGACUGAAAAGACCGCCCGGCGGACGCACCGUUCGUGUCCGAGGCCGUGUUUACAGCAAUCGCGAUGUCGUCCCGUACAACCCUUAUUUGCUCAAGACGUUGAACUGCCACGUGAACGUGGUGCCGUUCAAUAGUCUCCGCCAGAUUCGCUAUGUGUGCAAGUACAUCACAAAAGGACCAGACAUGGCCACCACCGAAAUGACAGCUCAGCGUGUCGGUCACACCAUCCGAGUCCUGGACCUAAAUGUUCACACUCCCGAGCAAACGCCUGUCGUGUGGCUUGCGCGAACGGGGCAGGAAGGAGCGAUCGCGGCCGCCGAUCGACCGCUCAAGAAGAGCAAGUUCUUGGCUUAUUUCGACCUGUACAGGACCGCCAACGAUGUCGAUCGCAUCCUUCUGGAAAGAAUCAAGUUUGUCGAUGUGCCUGAAUUCUUCACUUGA